AUGACCUUCGAGUCAGCUGAUAUCGUCUACUUAAGCCUUUGCUAUACUGAGUGGCCAUCUUCUAGCGGAUCGUUUCUUCAGUCACCAUGCCUAUUUCAUCCGUACCCUUACAAUUUCACAAUCACUCCCGGUCAUCCAACUAAGAUCGGGAGACCUUUACGUCACAUGCAUUCGGUUCGUUUCUUCUAUACUCUUUCUAACAGUUGUAAUCAUUUUAUGCAGUGCUGA